CUCUAGCUCCAAAACUUCUCUCUCGGACUCCCCUCUCAAAACCCACCACCAGAAGUUCUUCUCAACGGAACUCGGCGCUUUAGCCGCCGUCUGAAAUCUGCUGUUGCCGCUGCUAUCUCCACCAUCGCGCUUUACAAUGGAUCUCCGCCUGCUAUUGUUUCCACGGUGAGCGGCCGCUGGUGCUGCUGUCCGGUCUAGUACAUCUUCGUUUCCCCAAUUCCCCGAGAUCCGCCCACACGGAUGAAUAAUCAAGGACAUGUGAAUAGAAUAGAAGAUCUGUGGUCAAGAAAUCAAGGAUUACCGGGAGAUGCAGCUAGCAACGUCAAUCCUUCAAUGGAUAAAGAGUAACCCCAACUUAUAAACCGAAGGAAAUCGAAACCGAAGGAAAUCGAAGCAGUAACCUCAACUCGAGGAUCUCACUAAAACAAAGAACAAUCGGUAGGGAAAGAAGAUAGGAUCGCCUUAAAGAGAGAGAGAGAGAGAGAGAGAGAGAGAGUGUAGAGAGAUGGCAAAGCAAGUCUUUGCUUAGAGAGAGAGAGAAGUGAACAGAAUGACGGGUGAAUCAUAUGGCGGACCAACUUAUCUCAUAGAAGAAGCACAACCCUAGAUCCACCAGUUGUCGCUCAUUAUCCGCGCAGAGCUAACACGCAACUGCCAUUGGUGAGACUCAGAUUCAAAUAUGAGGAGAAACAUGAUAAAAGUGGAGUAGGGAUGAGUGAAGUUAGAGAGGAUAAACAUUAUGUCCAUAUGAUAGGUGGAGACGGCCCCAACAGUUACGCUCGCAAUUCUGCAUACCAGGAAUUGCUGGUUUCUGCUAAUGAUUUGCUUCAACAACUAAUCCCAAAGCAUCUGGACACAGACAGCACUGUUGACACAUUCCGCAUCGCGGACUUGGGGUGUUCCGUGGGCGGCAACGCCUUCUUCGCAGUGGAGAACAUGAUCGGAGCCGUGGAGAGGCGAUACAAAUCCGACGGCCGUCACGUCCCCGAGUUCCACGUGUUCUUCAACGACUUGAUCGGCAACGAUUUCAACACUCUCUUCAAGCAGCUCCCUGUGGCGAGGAGCUACUUUGCUGCAGCCGCGCCAGGGUCGUUCCACGGGCGCCUGUUCCCUAGAGAAAGCAUCCAUUUGGCGCACUGCUCGACCGCGCUCCACUGGCUGUCGAGGAGUCCGGAGAGGUCGAACAAGGGGAGGAUUCACUAUGCAGGAGCGGGGAAGGAGGUGAGGGAGGCGUACGCUGCUCAGUACAAGAGGGAUAUGGAUUGCUUCUUGCACGCGAGAGGCGAGGAGCUUGUGGCCGGAGGGUUAAUGGUGCUGAUUUUGAUGGGAUAUCGUGAUGGAUAUGUUCUUGGUUCUGAUUCUAGCAUUGGUGAAUCAUUUGAUAUACUCGGAUCGUGCCUCUAUGAUAUGGCCAACAUGGGGAAGAUAGGUGAGGAGGAGGUGGACUAUUUCAACUUGCCUUUCUACUAUCCGUGUGGGGCAGAGGUGGAGGCGGUGAUUGAGGCGAACGGCUUGUUUAGUGUGGAGAGAGUGACGGAGAUGGGUGCUCCGAUGAAGGGGGAAGCGGAUCCUGCAACUCUGGUUGGUCAUAUGAGAGCUGUGAUAGGGGUGCUUGUUGAGGAGAGGUUUGGAAGUGGUGUUGUGGAAGAGCUGUUUCAACUGCACUUGAACAAAACGAUAGAGAGGGCGAGGGAGAAGCCCUUUAUUUAUCAGAGCUGCCAUAGAGAGAUUAUACACAUUGUCUUGCUCAAACGAAACAACCCCUCUUAAUUCUUAUUCCAAAAUAUGUUUUCAAUGUUUUCGUUGGUGUGUUUGGAUUUUGGUUGAUGGGUCAAAUAUCUUCCAAUUAUCUAUGCUUCAUGGGUUCAGUCUUCAAUGGACAAUGGUAGUCAUGGUCCCAUUCUCAUA